CUCACCGCACCUCUCAUGCAUCAUGACGAGAAGCAACGUGAGCCCAAGGAUGUGGAGGCCCAUAACGCUGAUCAAAAUACUGUCAGCACCACCACCUCCUUUUUCAAGACCUGCUUCAAUGGACUCAAUGCAUUAUCAGGGGGAUGAAAGAAAGUACGCUGACUUUGGUCCCCGCUGAUGAGUUCUCGUUCAACCAAUGUGUAUGUGGUGCUGGUAGCCUGGUACCACUGUACAUGCUUGUCCUCUCAACUCUCAAAUUAACCUCCAACUGGCGUCAAGUUGGUGGUGGAUUGGUUUUUAAGGAUAGAUUACCCUCUCUCUCUCUCUCUCUCCAUCUACAUCUUGGAUCAUCGACGUGAGAGAAAUACUCAUCAUUCGUGUCAGAAGCCCUAUCACAAGAGAGUUGGGAUUCUGUCAGUUCCAUAUGCAUUAGCGUCAGGAGGAUGGUUGAGCUUGAUACUUCUAUUUGUUAUUGCCAUUGCAGCAUUUUACUCAGGCUUGUUGAUUCAAAGGUGUAUGGAUAUGGAUUCUGAUAUCAGAACUUAUCCUGAUAUAGGCUACCGUGCAUUUGGGAACAAGGGACGAAUGCUGGUAUCGGUGGUUAUGUAUGUAGAGCUCUAUCUGGUUGCGACAGGGUUCCUGAUUUUAGAAGGUGAUAACUUACACAAUUUGCUCCCCGGCGCAGGAUUUGAAAUUGCAGGGAUAAGAAUUGAAGGGAAACAAAUGUUUGUAAUACUUGUGGCCCUCAUAAUUUUGCCUUCGGUUUGGUUGGAUAAUCUGAGCCUUCUUUCAUAUAUCUCUGCCAGUGGGGUUUUAGCUUCUGCUAUCAUCCUCUGCUCAAUCUAUUGGACUGGGGCAUUUGAUGGAGUUGGAUUUCAUCAAAAGGGGACUCCUCUUAAUUGGAGUGGAAUCCCUACAGCUGUUAGCUUAUAUGCCUUCUGUUAUUGUGCCCAUCCGGUCUUCCCUACACUCUACACUUCUAUGAGAAACAAACGCCAAUUCACCAAUGUCCUGAUUCUGUGCUUUACCUUAUGCACCGUUUGUUACGCAUCAAUGGCGGUUUUCGGUUACUUGAUGUUUGGUGAAAACGUUCAAUCACAGAUAACAUUAAACCUCCCAACUGAAAAACUUAGCUCAAAAGUGGCAAUAUACACCACCUUGGUGAACCCCAUAGCCAAAUAUGCAUUGAUGGUUACACCUAUUGUGAAUGCUGCCAAAAGCUGGUUUCCAUGUCAAUACAACAAAAGGCUCUCUGGCCUCUUAGUCAGUACCUCCCUUGUAUUCAGCACUGUUUCUGUAGCCCUGGUUCUCCCCUUUUUUGCAUCUCUCAUGUCACUGGUUGGAGCAUUUUUAAGCGUCACGGGUUCGAUUAUACUGCCAUGCAUAUGCUACCUGAAGAUUUCGGGCACUUACAGGAGAUUUGAAUGUGAAAUGGUGGUUUUAUGGGGUGUAAUACUAAUGGGUUUUGUAGUUGGAAUAGUUGGUACUUAUACAUCUGUCAUGGAGAUAAUAAGGCAAUUGUAAGCAGAGGAUUCCUCUUUCUUGACGGUAGGGUUCAGUAAUUGAGUAGGGAGUGCUUGCUUUCAUUAGAAGCUGCUGCUGCUGUUUCAUGUAAUUUAUGAAAGCCAAUGUCUAUUAGACAAACUGAAGUGUAUAAUUUAUGAAAAGCGGAUGUUAGGAAUUUGGAAAAUUGUCCAACAAUUAUAAGAAUAGUAGCCAUUUUAGUAA